AUGAGUAUUGCCAAAUAACUCAUCAUCUUAUGUAUGUUAUUAUAUAAUAACGCAGGGUAUAUUUCAAUCUAAUUAUAGAUUUACUACUUUAAAUCUAUCAAACUUAUAAAACGAUAUAAGAAAUGAAGUUCAUAUUUAAUAAAGUAAUCAAAAAUCUCUAUUUAUCCAAUAAUAACUUUAAAAAUAAAUUCCUUUACAAAGCAAUUCAAAUAUUAUCACUUAAACUAAUUAAGAAACUGAGGAUUUAAUAAAUACAUAAAAUAAUCAAAUUCUAUAAAUUUAAUAAGGACAAUCCUAAAAUGUAGGUUAAUCAUAAACAUUAAUAAGUGAAGAUUAUUAAGUGAUAAAUAUUACAAAUCCCUAAGAAUUAAAAAUAGAACCAUAAGAAGAAUCAUAAAAUUAAUCAUAAUCAAAUACAAAUUCAUAAAUAAUUACAAAUAAAGACAAUUCUAAUAAUAAUCAAUAGGAUGAUAACAAUUUAUAAUAAAUUAUAUAGAAUGAACAAGUUGAGUUUGAUGAUGAAGCAGGUUAUAUUAAUGACUCACCUUUAGAUUUUGACUUAAGUGAAGAUUCUAAUAAAAGUCAAAAUAAAUAAGAAGUCUAAAGUAAUUAUGAAUAAUCUCUUCUGAAAUAAAUGAAUUCAAAAGAUGAUAUUGCUUAAGAUGAUUAAUAAUUAUAAAAAUCAAAUGAAAUUUAGAAAUCCGAUUAGGAUAAAAAUGAAUUGAAAUUAAAUUAAAAUGAAGAUCUAAUUAAUAAGUAAAAUAUAUAAGAAACUCUUAAUCAAGAUUAAAUAAUGAAAAACUCAUUAAAUGAUUCUAAUGAAUUCUAAAAUUAAGAGAGCAAUAUUAAUAAUUAAUCAGAGAUACCUACACCUUAUGAAAUGAAAGAAGUGUAGGAUGAUAAAAAAUAUGAUUCAUUAAAAGUUGGUUAUAUUAUUGAAAAUAAUGUUGAAACUGAUGAUUAUUUAAAGGAUAUUGAAGAAAAUGAAAACUAUAAUUAAAAGUAGGAGGAUCUGAAAUAGAAAUUAGAAUAGGAAUAAGAAUAUUUAAAAUAAUUAAAAAAUAAUUAAUUAGAUAAUGAAAAUAAAUUAAAAUAAUUAAAAGAAUAGGAAAAAAUAAUAUAUGAUUAAGAAUAAAAUGAAUAAUAAUAAAUUAAAUAGAUUAAUGGAUAACUUGAAAUUCAAGAGAAAGAACUAUAAUAAAUAGAAUUUGAUUAUUCAAAUGAGAGUAAAAAUAUAAAUAUUAAAUCUGAAACAAAUGAAUAAACCUAAUUUAGACCCUAUGAAGGAUAAGAAUUAAUUAUUUCUUCAGAAGUAAACUAUGAUGAAGGAAAUAUUGAAUAAUUUGAAUAAUCUCAGAAUAAUUUAGUUAUUGAAGAAAAUGCAGAAGUAUAAGAAUUAUAAAAUAAUUAAUAAGUAGAGUUCAAUUGGAACGAAAAUAAAUAAUAUUAGGAAACAUUUGAAUAAAAUGAUUACAUUAUCAAUAGUGAAAAAGAGAGUAAUGGUGUAUAGAAUUAUGAUCAAUCAAUUCCAGCUUAACUUUAAGAAAUAUCUAUUGAUUUAAAUUUAAAAUCAAAUGAUCUGACAACUCAAAUCAAUUUAAGUAAAGAUGUUUUAAUAACAGCAAAUAAUGAGUAGGUUGAAUCUUUUAAUUUUGAUCAAUCUUUAGAAGAUCAUUUAAAAUAGAACAAUUAAAAUUUGAAAGAAAAUAACACUUAUUUAGAAAAUCAAUAAGAGAAUGAAUCUCAUAAAAAGGAAAUUUAAGAAUUAAAUCAAAAUUUAUAAGAUUAAGACAAUCAAAUUUUAAAUUUUGAAGACUAUAAUUAAUAAUCUAAUGAAUCAGAAUCAUAACAAAUAUUAUCUAAUAAUUCAGAAAUUAGCUUAACUCAAAAUAAUGAUUCUUAGUUUGCAAAUAAGAAUUAAAAUAUUUAACCUGAUAUUAUAUUAACUUAUUAAUAAUAGAAUAAUAAUAAAUAAAUCAAAUAAUUUAAAAAAGAUUUAUCUUAUUAUUAGAUUCAAUAAUUAAUAAAGAGAACUUUAAAUUUAAGAGGAUCUAUUUAAGACAUGCUAGUUGUUUAGUAACCCUCUUUGCUAUUUUAAAGUAUGUAAGCAUAAUAAUUUAUAUUAAAUAGAUAUUGAAAGAUAAUAUAAUGAUUAGAAUAAUGAAAAUACUAAAAAUUAAUCUUGGAUAAAUUAAAAUAUACCAUAAUUUACUGAUAUUUUAAAUUUGAAAAAUGAAAUGACAAUGAAUAAUAUGUAAUUCCAAAAUGAAAAGGAAUAAAUAAAGGUUUCUUUGGAAAGUCGUGAUAUUCCAAAUAGUUUCAAUCUUCUUGAAGAAUAGCAUAUUAAGAAUUGA